AUGGUCCUGGCGGUGCAGGCACUGGUGCGGCUGGAGGACUCGGCACAGGAGCGGGACCUGGGUCAGGUGGUCUUGGUUAUGGUCCUGGUGGUGCUGGCACUGGCCCUGGACAAGCGGGUGUUGGGCCAGGUAGAACCGGGGUAUGAUGCCAGUGCCAAAGCUCGUAAAUACGGCAUGUUAAGUGGAGCACUUGGAGGUCUGGGAACAACUACUGGAGCAGUCAGGCCUGGUGGUGCUGGUACUGGCUAUGGACCAGGAGGAGUAGGACCAGGUGGUGCUGGUACUGGCUAUGGACCAGGAGGAGUAGGACCAGGUGGUGCUGGCUAUGGACCUGGUGGUGCUGGUACUGGCUAUGGACCAGGAGGAGUCAGACCAGGUGGUGCUGGUACUGGCUAUGGACCUGGUGGUGCUGGCACAGGCUAUGGACCAGGAGGAGUAAGACCAGGUGGCGCUGGCACAGGCUAUGGACCAGGAGGAGUUGGACCAGGCAGCGCUGGUACAGGCUAUGGACCAGGAGGAGUUGGACCAGGCAGCGCUGGUACAGGCUAUGGACCAGGAGGAGUAGGACCAGGCGGCGCUGGUACAGGCUAUGGACCAGGAGGAGUAGGACCAGGCGGCGCUGGUACAGGCUAUGGACCAGGAGGAGUUGGACCAGGCAGCGCUGGUACAGGCUAUGGACCAGGAGGAGUAGGACCAGGCGGCGCUGGUACAGGCUAUGGACCAGGAGGAGUAGGACCAGGCGGCGCAGGUACAGGCUAUGGACCAGGAGGAGUAGGACCAGGCGGCGCUGGUACAGGCUAUGGACCAGGUGGAGUUGGACCAGGCGGUGCUGGUACAGGCUAUGGACCAGGAGGAGUAGGACCAGGCGGCGCUGGUACAGGCUAUGGACCAGGAGGAGUAGGACCAGGCGGCGCUGGUACAGGCUAUGGACCAGGAGGAGUAGGACCAGGCGGCGCUGGUACAGGCUAUGGACCAGGAGGAGUUGGACCAGGCGGUGCUGGCUUUGUACCUGGAGGUCAUGCUGGUGCCAAGGCCCGCAAAUAUGGAAGAACAGGAUAUGGAUCUGGUGGAUAUGGGCCUGGAGUUGGGACUGUGCCUGGGACAGGUUAUGGACCAGGUGGAGGCUAUGGUCCAGGACCAGGGGCUGGAUAUGGAACAGGCUAUGGAGCUGGAUCAAAACCUGCUAAAUACGGUCAAGGUGUAAUUGGUGCUGGUGGGGUACUUGGAGGUGGAGCAGGGCGAGGUGGUGGUUAUGGACCAGGAGGCUUUGGAACUGGCACUGGAGGUCCAGUCUUUGGCACAGCAGGAUCCAAAGCUGCUAAGUACGGGCAACCAGGUGGAGUGGUACCUGGGACGGGAGCAGGGACUGGCACUGCAGGAUCUGGUAUAGGGACUGGCACUGCAGGAUCUGGUACUGGGACUGGCACUGCAGGAUCUGGUACUGGGACUGGCACUACAGGACCUGGUACUGGGACCGGCACUGCAGGAACUGGUACUGGGACCGGCACUGCAGGAUCUGGUACUGGGACUGGCCAAGCAGGACCUGGUACAGGGACGGGCACUACAGGACCUGGUACUGGGACCAGCACUGGUGUUUCAGAAAAUGGCACAAACACAAGCAGCGGUGCAGGGACAGCAGGUGGACCCAGUGGAGCAGGACUUGGAGCCACUGGAGGCACACCAGCUCCAGCAUCAGAAGGUGAUGGUGGGGCUGUCACUGUGAUAGAGGGGUCUGGAAGUUCUGGAGGAGAAGGAGGUACUGGUGUAGCUGGCAGACCAGUGGGUGUAGGAUAUGAUGGAGAUGGCUUGGGUGGAACAGGAAUCCCCAUCAUUGGAGCAAAGCCAGGACUCAAUGGGACCGAAGUUCCAGGUUCUGGUGGUGAUCUUUCAAGUGGGACACUACCUGGAGCCAAACCUCUCAAACCCCCAGGAGUUCCCCGAGGGGACACGCCAGGUGAAGGAGAUGGAGAGGGAGGUCCUGAUGGAGAGAGAGGCGGCAUAGGAGGCACAGGUGGAGGACCGGGAGGAACAGGGGGGAGUCCUACCAGUGCAGGGGCAGCAGGAGAUGUUUCAGGGGGCGUAACAGGAGUGGGAAGAGGAGACAGUCCUGCUACUGGCACUGGAGUUGGACCACAAGGUGCAGCUGGUGGAGUUGGAGGAACACCCAAACCGCCCACAGCAGGAGGCAUAGGUGGUGGACCUGGUGGAGCAGGUGGGGUGGCAGGAGGAGGUCCUGGAGGAGCCGGCUUGGCACAUGGGGCUGGUGGGCUUGGUGGAUUAGGAACAGGAGCCCUGAAACCUGGAAAAAGCUAUGGGGCUGGUGGAGUUUUACCAGGUGGAGGCUUACGUUACCCGACUGGAGCUGGAGUAGGACAGGCAGCAGGGAAAUCCGGCAAAGUAUACGGGACUCUUGGAGCAGGAGGCCGGGGUGGGGUUGGACCUGGUGGUUAUGGAGCUGGUCCUGGUGGCUAUGGUACUGGUCCAGGAGGUUAUGGUGCAGUACCAGGAGGUUACGGGGUUGGCCCAGGUGGCUACGGUGCUGGGCCUGGUCGAUAUGGAGUUGGACCUGGAGGCUAUGGUGGCAAGACUGGAAGCAGAGGCAUUGGUGGUGGUGCUGGGGCAGCUGGAACCCUUGGAGUUGGAGUUGGAACUGUUGCUGGAGGUUUAGGAGGAGGAGCCGGUGGUGGACUGGGGGGAUAUGUUGGUGGUGUGGCUCCUGGUGGUUCAAGAUAUGGCACAGGUCCAGGACUGGGCACCGGCACCGGCAAAGCACCUAAACGUUAUGGGGCUGGUGGUACUGGUGUUGGGACUGGUGGCUAUGGGACUGGACCAGGUGGAGUUCGUCCUGGUGGUUAUGGACCUGCUAGCACUGGAUAUGGGCCCAGCAUUGCCGGGACAGGACUAGGUGGUGCAGGGACUAGGCCAGGUGGUUUUGGACCAGGUGGAGCUGGCACAGGACCAGGCAGCCAUGGAGCUGGUGGAACAGGGGUCAUUCCUGGUGUUUAUACUGCUGGAGGUCAAGGACUGGGGGCAAGAAAGCCACCCAAAUCAGGCUAUGGAUCAUCAUCAUUGGGUGGAGCAGGCUAUGGGCAAGGUGCUGGAAUUGUACCUGUUGGAACAGGUACUGGACCUGGCCGAUAUGGACCUGGGGGCGUUGGACCAGGUGGUGCUGGCACAGGAGGCUUCGGACCAGGUGGUGCUGGCACAGGAGGCUUCGGACCAGGAGGCUUUGGUCCAGGUGGUGCUGGCACAGGAGGCUUUGGUCCAGGUGGUGCUGGCACAGGAGGCUUUGGUCCAGGUGGUGCUGGCACAGGAGGCUUUGGUCCAGGUGGUGCUGGCACAGGAGGCUUUGGUCCAGGCGGUGCUGGCACAGGAGCGGGUGGUUUCGGACCAGGUGGUGCUGGGACAGGAACAGGCGGCUUUGGUCCAGGCGGUGCUGGCACAGGAGGCUUCGGACCAGGCGGUGCUGGGACAGGAACAGGAGGCUUCGGUCCAGGUGGUGCUGGCACAGGAGGCUUUGGACCAGGUGGUGCUGGCACAGGAGGCUUCGGACCAGGUGGUGCUGGCACAGGAGGCUUCGGACCUGGCGGUGCUGGGACAGGAACAGGAGGCUUCGGUCCAGGCGGUGCUGGCACAGGAGGCUUCGGACCUGGCGGUGCUGGGACAGGAACAGGAGGCUUCGGUCCAGGCAGUGCUGGCACAGGAGGCUUCGGACCAGGUGGUGCUGGCACAGGAGGCUUCGGACCUGGCGGUGCUGGGACAGGAACAGGAGGCUUCGGUCCAGGCGGUGCUGGCACAGGAGGCUUCGGACCUGGCGGUGCUGGGACAGGAACAGGAGGCUUCGGUCCAGGCAGUGCUGGCACAGGAGGCUUUGGACCAGGUGGUGCUGGGACAGGAGGCUUCAGACCAGGUGGUGCUGGCACAGGAGGCUUCGGACCAGGUGGUGCUGGCACAGGAGGCUUUGGACCAGGUGGUGCUGGCACAGGAGGUGGUUUUGGACAAGGGGGCCAAGGAUUAGGAAAACGAAAGCCUUUCAAAUCUGGUUAUGGAGGAGCGAGACAUGGAUCAGCAGGAGGAUUAGGAGGUGGUACAGGAAGUGUUCCUGGGGGAGUUGGAGCUGGACCUGGUGGCUAUGGCCCAGGAGGGUAUGGUCCAACUGGAACUGGAACAGCCCCUUUUGGUUAUGGGCCUGGAGGUGCUGGAACUGGUGGCUUUGGCCCAGGAAGUGCUGGAACUGGGCCAGUGGGUUUUAGACCUGGUGGUGUUGGAGGAUAUGGACCUGGUGGCCAAGCUCUAGGAAAGCCUCCAAACUCAGGUUACGGCCUGUCGUCAGGUGGAACUGGCUAUGGACCAGGUGCUGGAGUAGGAGGGCUUCCUAGUGCAGGAACCGGAGGUGUCACUGGAGGCUCAGGGGGUGUUGUCCCUGGUUACGGUGGAGUGGCUGGUGGAAACUAUCCAGGAUAUACGGGAGCCGGACAAAAAUCCAAGGCACAGAAGGCAGCCAAAUAUGCAGCCAUGCGGGCGUUUCUGGGAGCUGAGGGCUACAGAGGCGCUGGCUGUCAGGGUAAACACUGUGGCCAAAGGAGGAAGUGAAAGAUCAACAGAAAGGAAGUGACCUCAUCAAAACAACAGUGGUGCUACUGCAUGAUCCUAGAUUGUAAAUGUCUUACCCGCCAUAGAAGUUAGGGCUUCAACACAUUCCACAAGUUACACCUUUCAUGUGCUUAUAUGUUAUACAACGGAUGGCUCUAUACCUGUUAGUGUUGUGAUUCCUUAAAACAAAGCCAUUCCUUUGUUGCAGGCUGCUGCUUCAGUCAUUUAAAACUUUGGUCAAAGAAUUUUAAAUGUUCCCCUUUACACAAUAAAAAGCCUAGACAAGUCUAUCAGGGGAUGAAAUUGUAAUUGGAAUAGCAGUGUCCCCCCAUGAAUGACCUUGUGACUCUCUGGGGAUCCUACCAGGCCGAGCACCACCAUGAUGGAUCAAGAUUUCUUCUAAAAUUGUGAGGCCAAGACCAUAAUACCGUUUUUGUUUAUUGUUGUUAAACAUAAUUUGUAAUCCUAUGGGUGAAGACUGAUACCAAGGACACCCUCAGGGCAGCUCCUUCAGACCUGUCUGCAUUCUGACACAAUGUUCAAAAAGGGCAUUCUUUUACCCAGCUGGACUUGGUUUUCCUUGGGUCUGCAGUGUGUCAUUUUUCUUUUAUUAAUUCCCUGUUUUUAGUUUUUACAAACACUUGGAUAAUCUGUACAUACAAAGAAACAGACGGCUGCUAUUUAUGGGGAACUGUGAAGGUGGUGUUCUGAAAAGCAGUCUGUGCUGUGUUCAGGCCUCAGCAAUACCAACACACGUGGAGGCUGAAGGUCCUCAGCCGUUUACACGUAUGAGAUUCUGCAUCGUUGUAUAGCUACAUAACACUAAUUGGUAUUAAUGUAAACUUUUUGUGAACAUGAUACCUUUUUAUUAUUAAAAGAAUGUAUUUGUUAUGAUAAUAUGAUGUGGCUUUGAUUAGGAUUUUACAUUUGCUGUUAAGGGAAGAACUGAAACUAAAUGUUCGUAAUAUGAUUAGAAGCCAUUGAAAUCACAUCUGAGGAGCGUUGAUUACUGUUUUUCUAUUUUUUAUGUGCCUCCUUUAACACUGUUGGGAAAUUGUUCACGCUUGCUAGUCUUUAUAAAUUAUGCUGACAAAAAGCACAAAAAGCUUAGUGCUUUAUCUAUUUAGUCUCAUUUACAAAUGCAAGUGCAUUAAUACAUUAUUAAAUAUCUUGUAUGUGUUUGUUUUAACAGUUUUCAAACUUGUACUAGAUUAAUAUAAGUGUUUUCUACAUUGUGCUAAAUCACAUUGUAGUCUGUGAUGUCAUUUGGAUAAAAAGUGUUGUUGACUCUGAUCUUGCAUUUGAGCUUCCAUCUGUCUCUAUUAUGUAACUCAACAUGUGUUUUAACAUCUGUGUUCCUAUGAAGAAAAUUAUGCACUUUUGUACACUUUCAGAUUAAUGCUCUCUGAAAUAAAGA